GGGGUCACGGCGUGGCAGCCAGCGAUCGCCUAGUACCACAGGUAAAAGAGAAGGGGCCGCCAAGCGUCCCUCCUCAGUCUCGUCUCUGAGUGGGAUUGUGAGUAGGAUGAUGUCAUCUGGUGAACGAGGAGCCUCGUCCUCCUCCUGCACCUCUGUCAACACCGUAUGCUCAGAUGGCGAACGCCCCACCUCCCUCUCUCUCUCCUCCUCUGCCUCCUCAGUCUCCCUGCAGGACGCCUCCCACUCCUCUUCUUCCUCCUCCUCCUCUUCUUCUCUGCCGUAUGGCGCAGUGCCGACCUACAAUGCCUCCUCGUCAUCCUCAUCGUCCUCCACGCCAAAGAGGAAUGGCUCAGACAUCAGCCUUGACCUCACUCCCCUCGUCACACCACAUGGAGGAGGAGGGGUUCCUCUGGGAGGAGGAGGUGGUGUUUGUGUUGCCAGGGUGACAGGAGGAGGACACCCUGCUGAUGGACAUGUAGCCAAUGCGAUGGCUGUGGCGACGGUGGCUAGGCCCAGGCAGCUUUCACGGCUGGAGAGAGUGGUGAUGGAGAUCGUAGAGACUGAACAAGCCUAUGUCAGAGAUCUCAAGAACAUCGUGGAGGACUAUCUCGGCUGCAUCAUCGACUGUGGAGCUCUGCCGCUGAAGCCGGAGCAGGUCAGCACUCUGUUCUGCAACAUAGAGGACAUCUACGAGUUCAACAGUGAUCUCCUGGAGGAUUUAGAGAGGAGUCCUCACGCGGCAGCCAUCGCUGAGUGCUUCGUAGAGAGGAGUGAAGCGUUUGACAUCUACACACUCUACUGCAUGAACUACCCCAACUCAGUGGCAGUACUGAGGGAGUGCAUGAAGAACGAAAGUCUGGUUCAUUUCUUCCAGGAGCGACAGAUGACUCUGAACCAUUCAUUACCUCUGGAGACGUACCUGCUCAAACCAGUGCAGAGAAUCCUCAAGUACCACCUGCUACUACAGGAACUUUCCAAGCACUUUGAUAAAAGUGCCCCUGGAUAUGAAGUUGUUGAGGACGCCAUCAUCACCAUGACAGCUGUCGCCUGGUACAUUAACGACAUGAAGAGAAAACAGGAACAUGCUGUACGGCUGCAGGAAAUCGAGUCCCUGCUGGUGAACUGGAGUGGGCCAGACCUCAGCGGGUUCGGAGAGCUGGUUCUGGAGGGCUCCUUCAAGGUCCACAGAGUGAAGAAGGAGAGAGCGUUCUUCCUGUUCGAUAAGAUGCUGCUGAUCGCCAAGAAGAGGCUCGAACAGUUUGUCUAUAGCACGCAUAUAUUCUGCUGUAAUCUGCUGCUGGUGGAGACGCUGAAGGAUCCGUUGUGUUUCAGAGUGUCAGACCAGACGAUUCCCAAACAGCAGCACAUCGUCCAGACAAAGAACCAGGAGGAGAAGAGACUGUGGGUGCACUACCUCAAGAGACUGAUCGUAGAAAACCAUCCUGCUUCACUCCCACAGAAGGCGAGACAGGUCCUGGGAGACAACUUCUGUCAAUCGCCCCAGUUUGACCAGGACAACCUAAAGAAGUCCUCUGCCUCGCCACGACUGGAUGACAUGUACAGCUAUCACAGAGGAAGACGUCAAUCAGGUCAGGAGCCUCCAGAGCUGCUGAUGUACACACCUGAGAAGUCCAGGAAGAGUCUGCCGCUACUGCUGGAGGGAAACCUGCCAUACAGACGCACCAGGAGACAGUCAGCUCCAGCUAAAGACAUUGAAACAGUGUUUCAUCCCAAUGCUUUGAAGCAGGCGGGCAGUGAGGGCGAGUUGUGCCAGGCCGACAGUCUAGGCUCAGCUGGCAGCAGCAGCACGCUUGCAUCCUCUGUCAUUGAGGUGGAUGCUGAACGGGCUGAACUGGGCCUGACACCACAGCUCCAACCUAAUCAUGAGGAAGAGGAAGAGGAAGAAGAAGAGUUAACCCCCCUUAGUCAUCCUCCCACUCUGUCCAUCACUGAGGAGAUCCUGGAGUUCAUCAACCAGAGCAGAGCCAGAGAGGGACUCACCUCUAUUCAUACUGAUGCAACGGAGAAGGUAGAUCAGUCCAAAAGGAGUCAGUCUCCAACUAACCAGAGCAACUUCACCUGCCCACUGCCCCCAGUUGUCUGCUCCUCCAGCCCAGAACAAAGACCUGCAAAGCAACAGGAGCAGGAAAGAUCAGCGAUGGAGGAUGACGGCACCCUACAUAGUCAGACCAGUAGCUCUGACAAGGAAAAUGAAGCAACAAAUGAAGUCAAAGAAAUUCCAGAUGCAACAAGUCAAGUGGAAAAGGGAGUGGAACUAGAUGGAGAGACACAAGGAGAAGGGGUAGAUAAAGAGAAAGAAGACAAAAAAACAAGGGAGGAAGGAGAGGGACAGUGCAUCAUUUUGGCUGCAACAUCAGAUCUUCAUCCCUCCAUCUCAGCUGGGGAAGAAAGAGAGAGCAGUAGGGAAGAGGCGAACAAUGAGGCCACCACUUCCUCCCCAAAUCCAGAUCUCCCUCAUCACCCCAUCCAGAGAUGCCAGCCACCUACAAGAGGCUCCCACCUCACCAAACGUGACAAGAAGAUCAUUGAAAAGAUCAGGAGUUACUACGAGGCAGCAGCCGAAGCCGAUGAGGAUGAUGUGGAGGAGGAAAAUGAACAGGGAGAAGGAGUGGCAUCAAGGAGGAGGAACAGUUUCUCACAAAUCCCAUCUGGCUUGGUGAAGGAGUCUGUGUCACGCUUUGAUGUGGGUGGACACCAGGGUGAAACAGAGAGCACACAGUCCAAGUAUGAAACAACUGAAGCAAUCGACAGAGAGAAUGAUCGAGAGGCAGAGCCCUGCUCCCCCACUGGUCCCAUCUCUUCCCCAACUCCACUCUCAGCAUAUGCAGAGAAUGAUAGACAGGCAGAUAAACCAAUUAGCUCCCUGGAUUUUGAUGCAGAAGGCCCAAUCAAGACACCAAUGCUUACUGUUAUCCAGGACAAGGAGACGCCAAACCAAGUGGGUCUGAAUCUGCAGUUGAACCAAAACAGGCCUGUUGGAGAACGAACUGAGAUACAGGACAACAACGGAAAGGUGUGCACAGGACUACUAGAGGAAGGACUGGAUGACAGGCAGGAUGGAAACUCAAAUGUUGUGCCUACUGGGGAGCAAGGUGGUCACUUACUGCAAGCGGUGGGAUCAUCUAACACCAAACAGUACAAGUGCAGAGAUGAAACAACCAAAACUUAUGUUAUGAAAGGUGUUAUGAAAAGCAAUGAACCUAACCAAUGGGACCCAGCAGAGCCAAAGAGAAGCCAGAAAGAACCCUCUACACCUCUGACACCGACAGAACAAUGUCAAAAGACUGAGACCACAAGCCAGUCCACUUGGACUGUAACCAAACACAGAGACCUGGCCAAGACAAGCCUUGAGGAUCUUACCAGUCAAAUAAAAGUGGGUCGAUGGUCCCGCCACUCCAGGAUUGUCACCGCUAACCGGGCGUUGUUUGAGGGCAUGGGGUCGGACAUAACCAGUAAAACUCAGAGCGUAUUCUGA